GGCGAACGGUAUCCCUUUAAAGUCAUCGUCAUUUUCGAUAUUUCCUUAAUUCGCAAUUCCUAAUUAUAUAUUGCUAUUUCCAAAGAUUCAUUGUCAUCUUCAUUUGUCACAAAAUUCUCAGCCAGCACAGAAAUGGGUACUCAAGUUCCUGAUAAUCAAAAACCUGAUGUCCCCGAGGAAUUAUCAGAAGCAGAUAGAAGGAAGAAGGAGAUUGAUGAUUGGCUUCCAAUCACUUCCUCGAGAAAUGCAAAAUGGUGGUAUUCAGCUUUCCACAAUGUUACGGCCAUGGUUGGAGCUGGUGUCCUCAGUCUUCCAUAUGCAAUGGCAAAUCUUGGAUGGGGCCCUGGUACCGUAAUUCUUGUGCUCUCAUGGACCAUCACUUUGUACACCCUAUGGCAAAUGGUUGAGAUGCAUGAGAUGGUUCCUGGGAAACGAUUUGACCGAUACCAUGAGCUUGGCCAGCAUGCCUUUGGUGAAAAACUUGGUCUUUACAUAGUAGUGCCCCAGCAGCUUAUUUGUGAAGUAGGGGUUGACAUAGUCUACAUGGUUACUGGAGGAAAAUCACUUCAGAAGAUCCACAAAUUAGUGUGCAAAGACUGUGCACCGAUCAAAUUAACCUACUUUAUCAUGAUUUUCGCCUCGGUUCAUUUCGUGCUCUCUCAUCUUCCCAACUUUAACUCCAUCUCUGGUGUUUCACUGGCUGCUGCAGUCAUGUCUUUGAGUUACUCUACCAUUGCAUGGUCAGCUUCUGUCCACAAAGGUGUUCAGCCAGAUGUCGACUAUGGCUACAAAGCCUCGACAACUUCUGGAACGGUCUUCAAUUUCUUUUCUGCCUUGGGCGAUGUAGCUUUUGCCUAUGCUGGGCACAACGUUGUGUUAGAGAUUCAAGCAACAAUUCCAUCUAAACCAGGCAAGCCAUCGAAAGGGCCAAUGUGGAAAGGAGUGGUGGUUGCCUAUAUAGUUGUAGCAUUGUGCUACUUCCCAGUUGCUCUGAUAGGGUAUUACAUGUUCGGUAAUAAAGUCGAAGACAACAUACUCAUAUCGUUAGAAAAACCAACAUGGCUCAUCGUAGCAGCUAACAUGUUUGUCGUUAUCCACGUUAUCGGAAGCUAUCAGAUAUAUGCAAUUCCAGUAUUUGACAUGCUAGAAACGUUGCUGGUAAAGAAGUUGCAUUUCAGGCCUUCCAGAAAGCUUCGAUUCAUCACACGCAAUAUAUAUGUUGCGUUUACAAUGUUCGUUGGCAUCUGCUUCCCUUUCUUUGGUGGUCUUCUGGGAUUCUUCGGAGGAUUUGCUUUUGCCCCAACAACUUACUUUCUCCCUUGUAUCAUGUGGCUGGCCAUCUACAAACCUAAGAGGUUCAGCUUAUCAUGGAUCACCAACUGGAUCUGCAUUAUACUUGGCUUCUUAUUGAUGAUUUUGUCACCUAUUGGAGGGUUGCGGACUAUCAUACUUAAUGCCAAGGGCUACAAGUUUUUCUCUUGAUCAAUCCUUACACAACUCAGUGUAAAUUCUGAGAACUAUAUUAGAUUGGCGCCCUGUAGCUGUAUUAAAAAUAAGAUGUCUUUUCCAUUGUCCAGCAAUGUUGUUUUCAAGCCUUGCCACCGUUUGUGUUUUAUUUGAACUACAGUUGCCUUGCAUUUUGCGUGUCAGCAGAACAUAAUCUUAUCAUUUGUUUUUGGUAAACAA